UGUGCGGAUGUGAGUCAGUGUAAAGUUGAGUUAGUUUACUCUCAGCGGACAGCUCGACCGGUUCUGCACAGUCCAGAAGCAGAAAAAUUCCACCGAGUUUGUAUCUGUUUGUCCUCCAGAUGGCCUCCGCGUGGUGGGAGCGCCUCUCCGUGUCGGUGAAUAAUGGCACAGCCCAUGUGGACAACAGCAGCUGUUUCAGUGCCACACAGAGCACCGUGCUGAAGGGGGUGAAUUUUGGAGGAGUGCCCAUUGUUCUGCUGAUCGACUUCUUGCUCUUCGUGGUGCUGCUAAUAGUCUUCACUCUGAUCAGAAGGAAACUGUGGGAUCAUGGGAGACUCGCUCUUGUCGCAGAGACUGAAAGGUUCAGACAUGCUACUAAACGGCGUUACAGUAGAAUGACGUCAUCCAUGUCCGUUGAGGAGCCCGAAUAUGAGAAGGGUUGCUGCUCCUGGAUCAACUUUAUCGUCAAUAUGGAUGAGACUUCGGUCCAGGAGAAAUGUGGGGUGGAUGCAGUACAUUAUCUGUCAUUUCAGAAGCACCUGGUCAUCCUGCUCUUGAUCAUCUGUGUGUUGUCCGUCACCAUCAUUCUACCGGUCAAUCUAUCUGGCGACCUGCUGGGCAAUGAUCCCUACAGUUUCGGGAGAACCACCAUAGGGAAUCUUAAGAAGGGUGAUGCGCUGCUUUGGCUGCACACAGUAUUUGCAGUUCUGUAUCUCAUGAUCACGGUGGCCCUGCUGAGACGACACACCUCUAAAAUGAAGGGAACCAAGAGAGAGAUAGCCAGAAACACCCUGUUUGUGAGGUCUGUACCCACUGCAGCCAGUAAUGAGGGCAUAAAAACUCACUUCAUGGAGGCGUACCCUACCUGUCAAGUGACUGAUGUUAACUUGUGUUAUGAUGUUGCCAAACUGAUUGACCUAAACAGAAACAGAAAACGGGCAGAAAAAAACCUGCAACAUUACAAUAAGAUACUCCAGCGCCAGGGACGUCGUGAGGUCAUCAACCCGCGCCCAUGCAGCCACCUGUGCUGCUGCUGCUGCUGCUGUAAGGGCUGUGAAGAGGUUGAUGCCAUAGAGUUCUACAGCUCACAGGAGGCUGCUCUGCGUGAGGAAGAAGAUAAACUGAAGCAGAGUGAAGAACUGCAUCCUCUGGGCAUGGCAUUUGUCUCUCUGCAAAAUGAGUACAUGGCCACUUAUAUUCUGAAAGAUUUCAAUGCUCUGGAGUGUGGAGGCGGGGCAAGGGGUGUGGCUGGAGAAGAAAUGGGCGGGGGAAUCAGGUGUGGGUGUGGCCGGGAGCCUCAGCCGUCCUCUAAGAGCGCAGAACUUAGGGUGAACGAAUGGAAAGUGAAUUACGCUCCUCACCCAUAUAAUAUCUACUGGGAGAAUUUGUCAAUACGUGGGUGGCGUUGGUGGCUACGCUUUUUGCUGCUAAAUGUAGCACUCUUUGUCCUCCUCUUCUUCCUCACAACGCCCUCCAUCAUCAUCACCACCAUGGACAAAUUUAAUGUCACCAAGCCCAUUCACUAUCUGAACAGUGCUGUUAUCAGUCAGUUCUUCCCCACUAUUCUGCUGUGGACCUUCUCGGCCCUGUUGCCCACCAUAGUGUAUUACUCUACACUGGGAGAGGCCCACUGGACCAGGUCCAGCGAAAAUAUGAGCAUGAUGUACAAGCUCUACAUCUUCCUGAUCUUCAUGGUGUUGAUUUUGCCCUCACUGGGCCUCACCAGUCUAGACGUGUUUUUCCGCUGGUUGUUUGAUAAGCAGUCUGAGGGGAAGCUGAGGUUUGAGUGUGUGUUUUUACCUGAUCAGGGGGCGUUCUUUGUAAAUUACGUGAUCGCGGCGGCUCUGGUAGGCUCUGGCAUGGAGCUGCUGCGGUUGCCAGGGUUAUUGCUCUACAUUGUUCGUCUGGCACUCGCACAUUCGGCUGCUGAGAGGAAAUAUGUUAAACAGAAUCAGGCGUAUGAGUUUCAGUACGGAGCGAUGUACGGAUGGACUCUGUGCGUGUUCACAGUCAUCAUGGCAUACAGCAUCACCUGUCCUGUCAUCGUUCCCUUUGGUUUGCUGUACCUGCUGCUGAAACACCUGGUGGACAAACACAACCUGUACUUCGCUUACCUGCCCGCCCGCCUCGAUCGGCAAGUUCACCUGGGAGCUGUCAAUCAAGCGCUGGCUGCACCAAUCAUAUGCCUGAUGUGGCUUUAUUUCUUCUCUGUGCUCAGAACAGGCUUCAAGGCUGCUACGUCAAUGUUCACUUUAGUGGUUCUCUGUGUGACCAUCUUUAUCUGUUUAAGUUACACCUGCUUCGGACACUUCAAAUACCUCAGUCCACACAACUACAAGGUUAAGGAGGAAGAUGAAGACGCAGAUAGAGGUUCACAGAGCUCAUCUGCAUCGGUGUAUCUUCCCAAAGUUUUGAACCCAGAUGCAUCAUCUGAAUCUGAUGAAUGGAGCAUUCACCAUUCAUACGGCACCACAGACACAAGUCCGCCCUUCCUCAGCACUGAGGAAGACUGUCCAGACUCGGAUAUCUAACAACAA